GAGCCGCAGCCCCGCGUCCCUGCGCCCCCGCCGGCGGCCCGGACCCCAGACCCCAGACCCCAGCUGGCGCCCUCCCACCCCCACCCCGGGCGGCGGGGCUGGGCGGCGAGGGCCGGAGCGGCGGGCGGGCGGCCGCGGGGCAUGAGGCAGGGGCGCGAUGUCGGUGCCGCUGCUCAAGAUCGGCGCGGUGCUGAGCACCAUGGCCAUGGUCACCAACUGGAUGUCGCAGACGCUGCCCUCCCUCGUGGGGCUCAACGGCACCGUGUCCCGCGCCGGCGCCUCCGAGAAAAUCACCCUCUUCCAAAGCCCAGAAGAAGGCUGGCAGCUGUAUACUUCGGCCCAGGCCCCCGAUGGGAAAUGCAUCUGCACGGCCGUGAUCCCCGCUCAGAGCACCUGCGCCCGAGACGGCAGGAGUCGGGAGCUGCGGCAGUUGAUGGAGAAGGUCCAGAAUGUCUCCCAGUCCAUGGAGGUCCUUGAGUUGCGGACGUAUCGUGACCUCCAGUACGUGCGCAGCAUGGAGACCCUCAUGCGGAACCUGGAUGCACGGCUCCGGGCAGCUGAUGGGUCCCUCUCUGCCAAGAGCUUCCAGGAACUGAAGGACAGGAUGACGGAGCUGCUGCCCCUGAGCUCGGUCCUGGAGCAGUAUAAGGCAGACACGCGGACUAUUGUGCGCCUGCGGGAAGAGGUGAGGAAUCUGUCCAGCAGUCUUGCAGCCAUCCAGGAGGAGAUGGGUGCCUACGGGUAUGAGGACCUGCAGCAGCGGGUGAUGGCUCUGGAGGCCCGGCUCCACGCCUGCGCCCAGAAGCUGGGCUGUGGGAAGCUGACUGGGGUCAGUAACCCCAUCACCAUUAGAGCCAUGGGGUCCCGCUUCGGCUCCUGGAUGACCGACACGAUGGCCCCCAGUGCGGACAGCCGGGUCUGGUACAUGGACGGCUAUUACAAGGGCCGGCGUGUGCUGGAGUUCCGCACUCUGGGAGACUUCAUCAAAGGCCAGAACUUUAUCCAGCAUCUGCUGCCCCAGCCGUGGGCGGGCACCGGCCACGUGGUGUACAACGGCUCCUUGUUCUACAACAAGUACCAGAGCAACGUGGUCGUCAAGUACCACUUCGGCUCUCGCUCCGUGCUGGUGCAGAGGAGCCUCCCGGGGGCCGGUUACAACAACACCUUCCCCUACUCCUGGGGCGGCUUCUCCGACAUGGACUUCAUGGUAGAUGAGAGCGGGCUCUGGGCCGUGUACACCACUAACCAGAACGCGGGCAACAUCGUGGUCAGCCGGCUGGACCCGCACACCCUGGAGGUCAUGCGGUCCUGGGACACGGGCUACCCCAAGCGCAGCGCUGGGGAGGCCUUCAUGAUCUGCGGGGUGCUCUACGUGACCAACUCCCACCUGGCCGGGGCCAAGGUCUACUUUGCUUACUUCACCAACACGUCCAGCUACGAGUACACGGACGUGCCCUUCCACAACCAGUACUCCCACAUCUCCAUGCUGGAUUACAAUCCCCGGGAGCGGGCCCUCUAUACCUGGAACAACGGCCACCAGGUGCUCUACAAUGUCACCCUCUUCCACGUCAUCAGCACUGCUGGGGACCCCUAGAGGGCCACCGGGGGCCCUUCUACUCUGCCUGUGUCCCUUCAAGUUGAUCUGUCUCUGUCCUGCCCCGCCUUUCCUCCUGUCUCUUUUUCCUCUCCCUGCCUUUCGCCCGGCUUUCACUCUCUGCCUCUGUAUUUCUAUUGGUGCAUUUUCUCAAUGUUGUCUCUUCUCCUUUAUUGAUCUGAUUUUGAUACUCCAGUUCUUUGUCAUCCUGCCUUUUUAUUGAUGUCCCUCUUUUCUUUUUAUUGAUCUGACUCUCCAGAUCAUUCCCUGUCUCUGCCUGUCUCUCUUUCCUUCCCUCUGUGCUUCCCUCCCACUCAUUCCCUUCUCUCUCUCUCUCUGAACCUUUCCUCUUCCCGUCCAAGGAGCUGAGUGCAUGGAUCUGUUUGUUUUUAUUUUCAAUUACACCUUUACCUUCUUGGUUGCCGGAAUAAACGGGACCUUUGACAUUUGA